AUGAGUAGCCCGCUGGAUCUGUCGCUACGGCGAUCGUGCGAUCGUUGCCACGAGCAAAAGGUGCGCUGCAUUCGCGACUUAACCCUUUCUGAGGAAGGCACUACCUCCUGCGUUCGAUGCAGAAAGGCGGGUGCUAUCUGCCUAUACAGUCCUCAGCUGCGAGCUGGCCGGCCUCCUGCAUGCAAGCGUUCGCGGCCCUCAACCACCGUGCCAGACUCUGACCUGCCGGCUCCUAGCACCCAUCCAGAUGAGGAACCCUUCUCUCCAUCCCUCUUCUUCUCCGGACUAGAUUCCGAGCUAGCCUUUGAAGAGGACCCUAUCCCCUUACUGGCGCCGGUGCAAGCCCUACCCCGGGAGCAUGUCACGGAGGACCCAACCACCACCCCAACUCCCACCACCACCACCAGCAGCAUCGACCCCGUUGACAACGAGCUGAUGGAACUAGGAGAGCUCGCCCGUCGUAUCCAUCGGUCUGCGCAUGUCUUCACUGCCCCAAACCUCUCGGGAAUCCAUCCUCUGUCCGUCUCAUCUCCCGCCAUCCAGGAACUCUGUGAUGCGGCGUUUGCCCUAAUUCGACGCAUUCCCAACCUGCCCUCCUGCCUGGCCACCUCACGCACGCCCUUCUGGGCCCCGACAGCUGGGCUUCCCCCAUUAUGGGAUGACGGCCAGUGCUCCUGGUCGGCCUGGUCACAUCAUUUUAAUGAUAUCCCUUUCUGGAGGUCGCCUUCAUCGUUGGACGCCGGGCUCGUUCUGAUGGUCCUAGCCUGCCACCAGCGUCUCAUGGCUGCAUUUGAGAACGUCACCCUAUCAGUUUCACAUCAUCUCUUAGGCCCAACACCGAUAAACUCCAUAACACAUACCCACUCGUCUCCGCUGCUUCCUCAUCACAUCCCGCCUCAUCCGCGGCAUUCACCAGACUCGUUCACGACGGAGACUUACCGCGGUCGCAUUAUCCCUCCUCCACAGAGCACCCAGGCACUACUGAUCGUGGAGCUCCUAGACCAUCUACUGGACCAGCUUGAUGGUGCGUUUCGCCCUCUUCUUCCCGACGAGCAGGCGGGAAAGUCGAUUCCCGAACCAUCAUCAACGACAAAUCGCUCUACGCUACCCUCGCCGCGUUGUUCAGUACUCCAGAAAGACCCUUUAAUGGCAGAUGCGGAAGUGAGCCUGUGUGUGGAAACAGCCCGGUCCAUGAUCGAUGCCAUGCAACAUCGACAUGGACGGUUGCGCGGGCAACUCAAAGAGAUACGACGGCGAAUUAAAGACACCAAGUACCAUUAG